AUGUUCACCAAGGCACUCAUCGCUGCUGCUCUCGCUCAAACCUCUCUCGCCGCUGUGCAAUCGAUCACAUCCGGGGGGCAAUGUCUUCAAGUCUCCGGAUCACCCUCUGAUGGCGCUGCUGUCUCACUUGGGGACUGUAACGGUGCAAACUCCCAGACCACCGCUACAGGCCAGCAAUGGGUGAUCAGCAGUGGAAACAACGCCGGAGUACAGCUCUUCGGUAGCAACUUCUGCUUGGAUGCUGGCUCUAACCCUGCCCCAGGCAGAGCAGUCGUGGUCGCUACCUGCGCGCAAUCUGGCUCUCAGACUUGGUAUCUGACUGGUGAUAAUCGAAUUGCUAUCACAGGUGGCACUCAAUGCCUUGACUUGUCGGGUACUGCUCCUCAAACCCAGAAUUGCGCUCCCAACAUCGCUACUCAAGCGUGGACAGCCAAUUUCCUCUUUGACGAGCCAUCUUCCACUUCUUCCGCCGCUUCUGGUGCUGCUACAAACUCUACCUCAACCGCUACAGGGGUUGCCGGGGGUGCCGCCUCUUCCGCUGCCAGCGGAGCAAGCGCUGCUGCUUCGGGAGCUAGUGGCUCCUUGGCCAGUGGUGCCUCCAGUGUCGCCUCAGCUACAUCUGGUGCCAUCUCAGGUGCCGCUUCAGCCGCUGCCUCUGCUACUUCUGGUGCUGGCUCUGCUGCAUCAGCUGGUGCUUCCGGUGCUAGUUCAGUUGCUGGUCAAGCGACCUCGGGCGCAGGUUCGGUUGCUGCACAAGCCACAUCCGGUGCUGGCUCUGCUGCCGCCGCUGCUACCUCUGCUGCUGGGUCCGUAGCCGGUGAUGCUACCUCUGCUGCUGGAGCUGCCACGUCCGCUGCUGCUUCGGCAGUUUCAGGUGGUUCUUCCGCUGCGUUCCCUCGAUUCGCUAUAGCUCCUGUCACUGCCAUCUUAGGUGUAGCCGUUGGAGCUAUCCUCGUUUUGUGA